AAAAACCUUCCCAAAACCCUCCCUCUCCAACUCUUCCGUCAUUGCCUGUACUCGCGGAUCUUAUCGGCGAACGGCGAACCAGAGAUAGACUAUUUCUUAGUGGCGGGACGAAAAUGGGAUUGACGAAUUUCAUCAUUACCAUCGCCGGUGUCAGCGCGGUGGUUCUCCUUCUGAGGAGCGACGUCAAGCAGUCGGCCGUCAUCCUCCGCCGCAACGUCAAGCACAUCCGAACCUGGCUCGAAGAAGAAUCUGCCGCCGCUUCCAAGGCUGAUAAGGCAACGCCAAAGGAACUAGAAACCAAGGUUCCCCCUAAAGAAACUCCCAAGGAAGAGAAACUCUAAGCAACACCGAGUCUCAAUGGCAGGGAAGCUUGCAAUGUCUAGAUAGGCGUCCCAGGAGUCUAGUUAAGCUACUGGUAAAUAGUUUCGGUCCAAAAAUUUUAUGGAUUAAUUGCAAUAGCAGAUAUUUUGUCGAAUUCUGGUCUCACUUUUCUCUUGUAAUUCUCACUCAUUAAAUUACGUUAAUUCUCAUUCUCAUCUAAACCAAUGUUGUUCAUGAAUACAGAGGAUGAACAAAUUUUGUUCAAACCUUGAGAUGAUAAACCAAUCAUGGCAUUAAAUAUACCUGAUGUGG